CGAGGGGCCGGCAGGGCAGAGAGAAAUCCUUGCGUCCAGCAUGUCGCGCCUCCUGCUCGAGCGGUGGAUGGACGAGGAGCGCGACCCGGCCCCGUCUGUCGGCGCCUUUGACGGCCGCCGGCUGCCGCUGCUCGCGCAGCUCGUCCACCCGCUCGCGCCGCACAAGUUUGUGCAGGCCGUCUACCGCCAGCGGGUGUAUGCGACACACUCGUCCGCGCGGCGCUUCGAGCCGCUGGUCGAGCGGCUGCACCGGCUCUCGCUGGCGCGCCUGCUGCAGGACACGCCGUCCGAGGCGAUCCACGUCUGGGUCUCCGGCCAGCUCGGCGGCCGGCCCGGCGAGCAGUCGGGCGGCGGCCGCGCGGAGUCCUUCAAGACGGAGGACGCAGAGGCGGCGCUGGCGUGCCACCGCGCGGGCGGCUCGCUCUACUUCCGCGCGCCCGAGGAGGUGUCCGACCUGCUCGUGACGGCCCUCUCGCAGCAGCUCGGCAUGUCGUACGGCGCCCUCCACCCCGACGGAGCGGCUCGGAGCGAGGUGGAGACGUUUGCGUCCCGGGCGGGCCACACGACGGACUGGCAUUUCGACUUCAUGGAGAACUUCACGCUGCAGCUCUCCGGCAGCAAGCGCUGGCGGCUCAAGCGGGGCGACGUGGCGCACCCCGUCCGCGGCUGCACCCCGAUGUGGCGGCGGAAGGAUGCGGCGAUGCUCGGCGCGGCGGAGCAGCAGGCAAAGUGCCACGCGCAGCACUCGGGCGGGGCGGCGGCCUUCGAGCCGGAGCCGGCGGCGGAGGAGCUCGAGGAGGGGUGCGAGGACGUCCUCCUCACGCCGGGCUCCUUCCUCUACCUGCCCGCCGGGACGCACCGCGUGGAGUGCGAGGAGGACUCGCUCUCGGUCAACGUCUCCCUCAUCGGCCUCUGCUGGGCGGACGUGCUCGGAGACGCGCUCAAGCAGCGGCUCCGCUGCCACCCGGCCGGCCGCGCGCCUCUCUGCCUCCACUCGCUCGCGCAGGGCCGGUCGCAGCUCGCCGACGCGCUCGCCCUCCUCGCAAAGGAGGCGGCCGCCCUGCGCCCCCUGCUGACGAGCGGCGAGGCGCUGCUGGUGGACGGCGUCGACCAAGCCGCCGUUGCGACGUGGGAGGGGGCGGGCGACCCGCGCGCGUACGUGCUGCACGCCCAGUUCGGCGGCGAGGAGCUCGCCUCGCUGCUGCGCGUCGAGGUGCUCGCGCCGCCGCCGCUGUGGCCGCUGCUCGAGUGGCGGCGGGAGUAGCGCCGCGCGGAGGGCGCGAGCGAGUGGCCGCGUUGAGUAAACCCCUGGGACUCUGGCUACGAUCGUGCACAUCAAAAGCACAGCACAGCGGCCCAACAUUGGCAAAAUCUCGUGAAAAUCGUGGGGGUGUCCAAUCUCGGACAUGUCCGGCAUGUCCGGGUUGUGGAGUUGGAAUGAUUGAGGAAUGCG